ACAUACCAUCACAAUGGCUAAAAACGUUCACCUGAGAAUCUUGCAUGCUGCUGUUUUGAUCUUGUUUGUUGUGGGCGUUAGCGGUCUUUGUCCCCCGGACUGGUUUGAGCACGGGACGUCAUGUUACAAGACUGAUCACGUGAAACGAACCUGGGAUGAUGCGGCGGCACAAUGCGACCGACUUGGCGGGGAACUGUUAGUGAUAGAGACAAUUGAGGAGAACGAAUUCAUCCACGGGUUACUGAAGAAUCAAAGCAAGGAGUGGGCCUGGCUGGGAUGCAGUGAUAGAUCUACCGAGGGCCAGUGGCUGUGCUAUAAAGAAGCUGCCAGCGGUGUGACGUUCCGAAACUGGUCACCCAAUGAGCCGAACAACCGCGGGGGUACCGAUGACUGUAUGGCUUUUCACAUGGUAGAUGGCAAGUGGUCUGAUUCGAAAUGCGAUGCACGAAUAGUUUACGCCGUAUGCGAAACCAUAAGCAUCCAAGGAAAGGGCGAAGGCGUCACCCCUUCAUCAUCGGCAGCUCCUGUGUCUUGCUACACUUUUGGUUCUAAUGGCCGCCUACGAGUGUAGACUUCCCCUCAGCCCUUUUGAUGAAUGGGACUAUGCAUGCCUAUCAAGUUGGAUUAAGCUGCGGCGACAUAACUUUAAACUCAAUGA